AUGAAGAAAAAGGUGCUCCUGAUGGGAGCCUCGGGGAGCGGUAAGACCUCCAUGAGAUCCCUGAUCUUCUCCAACAACCCAGCAUCCUUGACCGCCCGGCUCGGGGCCACGAUCGACGUCGAGCAGAACCACGUCCGCUUCCUCGGCGACCUCAUCCUCAACCUUUGGGACUGCGGCGGGCAGGACGCCUUCAUGGACUCGUACCUCUCGACGCAGCGCGCGACCAUCUUCUCGCACGUCGGCGUCAUGAUCUACGUCUUCGACGUCGAGUCGCGCGACCGCGCCAAGGACCUCGAGUACUACCGCGACUGCCUCGAAGCGCUCAAGCGCUUCUCGAGCGAGGCCCGCGUGUUCCUGCUCGUGCACAAGAUGGACCUCGUGCGGGACCGCGCGGCGGAGCUGGAGAGGAAGAGGCGGGAGCUGGUGAAGGAGAGCACGGGGAUCGGGGUGACUGUAUUCGGGACUAGCAUCUACGACGAGAGUCUGUACAAGGCCUGGUCCCGCAUCGUCCACACCCUCAUCCCAAAUGCCGCCGUCCUCUCCCGGCACCUCACCACCCUCGCCGAAGCCUGCAGCGCCACAGAAGUCAUCCUCUUCGAGCGCACCACCUUCCUCGUCAUCGCGACCUCGACCGCCGCCGCGCCUACCGAAGCCGCCGCUUCCGACUCCAUCUCCUCCCUCCCGCCGCUCCCGUCUCCCCCAAAGUCCCCGCCCAAGAACGCUCGGUCCCCCACCUCCCCGUCGUUUCCGGAGGACAUCCACGACCCCGAACCUGAGGCGGAGCCGGACGCGGAGUCGGACCCGCACCAGCUCAACCCAAUCCGCUACGAGCGCACGUCUGAGCUGAUCAAAGCAUUCAAAUACUCGUGCUCCCGAUUCCUGCGUCAGGAAUUUCAUGCCCUCGAGAUGGAGUUGUCUGAAUUUUCCGCGGUGCUUGACGAAUUGACCAAAAACACGUACGUGAUGAUCGUCGUUCACGAUCCCACAAUAGAAACCGCUGCCCUUCGACUAAACAUCCGUCUGGCGAGACGCAAGUUUGAAGAGCUGCAGGGUGACAGCCUCAUAUCCUCGUAG